GGGAGACAACUCGUGAUGCUGUUGCAGUACACUGCGGCAAUCCGGAGAAGGUAGGAUAGGCUUAAGGGUUGUUAAACCCACUGGACGUGGGAACAUUGCACCUACCUCUGUCAUUUUUCUUCAGUAGGAUGCCGCCGACAGGGACGUCACUGACGAUGGCGAGGUUUAGUUUCAUCAUCGUCAUCCUCAUGUGUUUCCACGUACAUGAAGCACCUGCUGCUGUGCUUACCAAUGUUGACACCCGCUGUAACGUUGACAACGGUAUCGUGGCUGACAUGAGCAACUGUGGCAACUUCAUCGUGUGCCUUCAGGGUAGAGCUCGGCGGGUGAUCACGUGCUCUAAGGGACUACUCUACGACACCAAACUGCGCAUGUGCAAUCACAAAUACAAAGUGGACUGCGGAAGAAGACCGCCAAGCGCUGACGCCAAGGUCAACUGCUUCCUGAGCGACAUCAAGGUGACCAUCAAGGUGGAGAACCAGGUCAAGCCGCCAUACUUCACGUUCCGGACCACCGUGGAAGCCCCGAGACAACCGCUAGAGAACUUCCUGCUGAUGGCCGCCGGCAGAGACAGCCGGUUCAGGUUCGAAUCCAAGAUGAUCGACGAUUUCGGGAUGUUCGUGACAGCAAUCAACGGCGUGAGAGCGGAUCCCCUCGACGUCACCGCGUGGCUGCCAUUUGACAGACUCAACCGACAGCUUACAAUCAACAUCAGGGACUAUGUUCCCCAGGACAUGGAGACUAUCGUGUUCCGUUUCUACUCCUUCGCAGAGCCGGAUGACUGUAGCGGGUCUGGAUGCCGCACCCCUCGGGCCAGGCUAGUAGGCAACGGGUAGCCCCACCCUGUCCACAACAACAGUGUAAUGUGCACAUUGAAACUGGGAUUGCUUACGAAUGUGUAUAUUUACAAAACCAUUGGAACGUGUGACAGUAAGCUAGCGUUAUAUGCUCUGCAGUCAUAGUAUCUGUGCCAGCACAAAUUGCCGUUUUACUGGCUGGGGUUAUAUGAUUGAGGUUGGAUCACGUGGUAACGAUUUAAUCAGGUCACGUGGUAGUGGUUGGAUCAUGACGUACGGAUGGACCAUUUAUGCUCAGCUGGGUUACGUGGAAGCGCUUGGGUCACGUGACAGAGGUUGAAAAUAGGGUUUGGAUCACAUGAUGGGGGUAUGAUAACAGGGUUGGGUCACAUGACAUGUAGGAUGACAGGUUUUGGGUCACAUGGUAGAGGAUUGAUAACAGGGUUUGGGUCACAUGAUGGGGGUUGGAUAACAGGUUUGGGUCACAUCACAUGUUGGAUAACAGGGUUUGGAUCACAUGGAAGAGGAUGGAUAACAGGGUUUGGGUGACAUGAUGGGGGUUGGAUAACAGGUUUUGGGUCCCAUGAUGGAGGUUGGAUAACAGGGUUUGGGUCACAUUUAAGAGGGUGGAUAACAGGGUUUGGUGACAUGAUGUGGGUUGGAUAACAGGGAUUGGGUCACAUGAUGGGGUUUUGAUAACAGGGUUUGGGUCAUAUGGAAGAGGAUGGAUAACAGGGUUUGGAUCACGUGGCAGAUAUUGGAUAACCGGUUUUGGGUCCCUCUGUUGGGGUUAGAUAACAGGGUUUGGGUCACAUGGCAGAUAUUGGAUAACAGGUUUUGGGUCCCUCUGUUGGGGUUAGAUAACAUGGUUUGGAUCACAUGGCAGAUAUUGGAUAACAGGUUUUGGGUCCCUCUGUUGGGGUUAGAUAACAGGGUUUGGGUCACAUGGCAGAAAUUGGAUAUCAGGGUUUUGAUCACUCUGUCGGAGGUGGAUAUCAAAGAUUUCAGGGUUACGGUCGCGUGGUAGGGGUUGGGUCACACAUGGGUAUGGGCUCGAUGGCUGGUUAGCUUUAAUUCUGGCUUGAACAAUGUAGUGAAUUGUCCGUCCUUGAACCUAACCAGGCAUUAAUAGUUUAUUAUUUUCUGGAUAAUGCAAUAAAUAACCGAUAUUUUUAAUUUCUUAACACUGACUCAGUUUCCUAAUGUGCGAGACUCAUGGGUCAGUGCACUUGCGUUCCAGGGUAACUGGGGGUUGUUUGGUGGGUACCAGGAAGUACAAUUACUGACGCUCACUGUCUGUAAAGUUUCAUGUCCUUUGGAGUCUUUCGUAACUGUAUUCAGAGUGUUGUACAUGUAAAUGCUUAUACAGAUUAGUAGUAGCAGUAGUAGUAUAGUAGUAGUAGUAGUAGUAGUAGUAGUAGUAGUACGUAGUCGUAGAUAGACAAUGAAGUACUCCUCACAAAAUCUAUGGUGUACACUACUAGUACUACUACUACUACUACUACUAAUAAUAAUAUUACUACUACUACUUCUACUACUACUACUACUACUACUAUCAUCAGAUCUGCUUACAUUUAACUAACAAAUAUACACUAAAUAACAUUGAUUAAACAUAAUUUUCAUGUAAAGAUGUCUCAUGUUGUAUUUAGGGACAGGGAAAAUUGAACGAAAUAAAGGGAUACUCCUGCAUCUGGUCUCAGCCAUCUUCUCAAGCCUGGUGCGUGAUGGCGAUGUUGCAGAU